AGUGAAGUUACGGGCUAAACGGAAGAGAAGCGGCAUCGGUGUAUAUAAAGCUGGGAAAAUAGUGUGCAGCAGGAUUCUCAAAGGUCAGCAGACGAGAACAAAUCAGAGAAGCCUGCCUGCCUCAGGAACAGAAGGUAAGAAACUAUGACUGUGUGGGGGUUAAACGUUUUUAAAGUGUAUGUUCAAAACAUUAUAUGCUUAUACAAUAUGUGUAGUCUUUCCCCAACAGAAUGGCUACAAAAACCUUGGUAUUGUGUCUGCUGCUAGCGGGGGCAAUAUUGCCACAGGGCCGCUGUCAGCACUGGUCAUAUGGACUGAACCCAGGAGGGAAGAGGGAUCUGGACAGCCUUUCAGACACACUGGGAAACGUAGGGGUUAUGGAAUUAAUUAUUUGUCACUCAUUUCCUCAUCAUUGGUUGCCCCUCGUUCAUUUUCAUCCCUUUACACACAUUCAUUGUGAUGUUUUCUUUCUUCGACAGCUGAUCGAGGCGUUUCCACACGUGGACACACCCUGCACUGUUUUCGGGUGUGCAGAGGAAUCCCCUAUAGCCAGAAUCUACAGAUCAAAAGGAUUUCUUGGCAGUGUCACCAACAGGGAAAAUGGACACAUAGCAUACUAA